GCGAUGCCGAAGAUGGCGGCUGCGGAGCGGGAGGGUGAGCUGGAAAGAAAGAGCGUAAAAGAGAAAGCCAGGCUCCGCUUGAGGGAGUUCGACGUUGGGGACAAAUUCUCCCGCUUGCCGCCGCCCAAAGCCUCCGUCCUGCUGCCGCUGGUGCUGAGGGAGGGGAAGCUGCACCUGUUGCUCACGGUCAGGUCGCUGCAGCUGAGAAGAUCACCAGGGGAAGUGUGUUUUCCAGGGGGCAAAAGUGAAGCGGUUGAUAAAGAUGAAAUUGAUACUGCUCUCCGAGAAGCUAAAGAAGAAGUGGGACUCCAGCCAGAGAAGGUGGAAGUCAUCUGUAGGCUUGUGCCUGGAAUUGAUAAAAUGAAUCACUUGGUAACACCAGUUGUAGGAUUUAUAGAGGAUACAUUCCAGGCCACUCCUAAUCCAGAUGAAGUGAGUGAUGUUUUUGUCGUGCCACUGGAGUACUUUAUCAAGCCCUUAAAUUACAAGUCCUUGCCUUAUAAAACCUCAUCUGGUUACUCAAGUCGGAUGCAUUGCUUUAUAUAUGAUGACCAUGAACAUGAAAUGUCAUUCAAGAUAUGGGGACUUACUGCACACUUUGCUGUAUUUCUUGCUCUUGUAAUUUUUAGAGAGACACCUACCUAUGAAGUUGAUUAUGAUCUUGACAACUUACUUUCAUCUGCUGAGAAUAACUUUAUGAAUUUAUAUGCAUCCGUAUAUGAAAGAAAGAAGAGUAAUCUGUGACUAACUGGUCUGGCAGUUAUUUUAUAUUGAAGGAGGAAAAAGGUUUUUGUUUAUUUCCUUUGUACCUAUUAUUUGAUUCUGAAUUGGGAACUUAUUAAACUUUAUUAUUAAAUAAUAUUUUUAAGUUGACAAGCCCUAACUAGAGUCAUAUAAUUUUUAAUCUGGUUUAGAGCUGCCAAAAGCACAUGGUAUUUUUGAUGGACUUAAUAUACAGUUUUGGAAGAUCUGUUUCAGUGUCUGCCUUUGUUUUGUGUGAUCCAAGACACUUUCUGUGGUUUGUCUUCUGUAUAAUGAGAUAAUAUUUUAUCUAAUUUUUGUCUGAAUUAGGAUAUGAAAACUUUUGGUGGUCUGUCUUACUGUGUGGUGUAUUACAUACAGAUAAUGUAUACGGUCUUUUCUGGUAUCUUCAAGCACUUUUAAAAUGCACAAUAAAAAUAUAAAAGGUG